CAAAAUUGACAGUUUUAUUAAAAAUAGAUUAGAUGCAAUAGAAUUAUUUUUUGGACCGUAAAGUGCAAAAUUUUCAUAUGAUCUGUGUCAAAAGAAUGCCGUGGAGCAAUGUUCGCAUAUUUCUGAAGCUCGCUUCCCAGCGAUGCCAGCUCCUAAGUGUGGGCUCCAUCCAAGAGGCGUCUGCAGGACACCGAUCGGGCUCCUUCGAAUCGGAUGCCCUGUCGAGCACUUCGAAUGCCAGGCACAUGGAGUGCCUGUUCGCCAAGUGGCUGGGGGACACUAGCUCGGUCAAUGGAACCUGGCAGAAUUUCUUCAAGGGAAUGGUAGAGAAACAAAUAGACUCGCAACCGCCUCGGAAUAAAGAAGCAGAAGGAGAUGUUCUUCCCUCGAUAGGAACCACAACGCCAACAGAUGCAGCGAUUGGGGCUCCAGUUUUGGGAAGGAGAAAAGCAGUCUCUUCUUCGGCACAGCAGAGUCCUUUGGACACUUCGGAAGCGGACUUCAACAGUUGCGUGGCUCAGUCUCAAAAGCAUGAUAUUGGAGUGCUUUCACACUCAACGGAUAUCAGAACUUCUGGCAUAUACGACAAACAGAAACUGCCCACAUUGCCCAAAGAUGGCAUUCUGAAAGGCUGUUCAAUAAACGGAUCAAAUAUAGCCAGUGAAGCUCAUUCAUCGAUUUUAUUGGGGAAUGAAGUGGCACACAACAUUUCCAAAAACUUGACCAGAAAAAUGUCGCAAAAAAAUACUCCAGACAAGCCAGAAAAACCACAUAAGCAUGAAGAAAUCUUGACGGGUUCCAGAAGAACCGGAAACUCGCGCAACAACUUUCAAAAGAAAUUCGGCUCAUUCGAAAUUUUUAUGAAAUUCUGGAAACACGCACAUGCAUUGGAUAAGUAUAAGCGGCAUAUUGGUCCAGUAAUGGUUGUGAAGAAGCGUUCAAAAACCAAUUCAAAGCCAAUUAACGUCAUGUACUUCAAAAAUUAUUACGAAAAGGGUUUACGUCUAAGGAAGGAAAGGUUGAAUAAAAUCAAAAGCAAUAAGAAAAUUAAAAUGCCUUCAAAAAGCCCUAAGGAGUCCGUAGCUAAAGAAAUCAUUGAAAAUGCCAAUAUACCACAAUCUCACCCAGAAACAAAGAAAUCCACAUAUGUUUCAAAACACAAGAGCGAUACAUAUGCGACCCUUGAGGAACUGAUCAACGAUAUUGAUGACAUCGCCAUAAAUGAGAAGUUGUCUGAAUCGAUUGAGCCAGUGAAAACCAAGAAAGACAGUAAAACACCGAAGCUGUUGGAGAACACUCCCAAAAAGAAGCCAAAGAAUUUCAAAACGGCACUUAGGGUUUUCAAGCCCGAAGAGAAGGUUAUCCCAAAAUCGGAUAAUAUGCCGAGCUCAAAUAUCAAGCCCAAUCCCGUUUCCAAGUUGGACAAAUCCAAAUUAAGUAAGCCGAAGACUGAAAAAUACAUUCCUUUGAGGGUUUUCAAUACACCAAAAGAAGACGAAGACAAGUCAUGGAUAUAUUGGGAUGAGUUGGCAGUGAAAAGCCUGCGAAAACCAACUCAAGACUAGCACUUCAUCCUCAGAAACCCAAGAAGGAAGUUGGGCAGCCUCUUCAUCCUUUGAACUGAAACUAACCUAACGAAUCUCAGCACGUCUUGCCACAAGUGAUUCCUACUAUGAGCUGAUCUCACAACUUUCUCAGCCUUCGAACCCUAAGCACCAAAUUCAAAAUUUAACAGGUAUUUCGGUAGUCCCUUCUAGAACAUGAACCAAUGUCGUCUGAGGAGCCUGGCGCGGAUCAGGAGGAGCCUGACACUGGGUUUGCGGGGAACUGACCAACACGUCCUCGCCCGUCAAGCCCUCCGCACCAUUCAAACGACCUCACAGCGGCGAGGUGUCCAUGAUCUGGACUCCUUCGCCAAUGGAUGCAGUGCCGCCUACAUCGAGGGACUCUACAACAAGUGGAAGCGCAAUCCCAGUUCCGUAGAUGAGUCCUGGAACGAGCUCUUCAGCAGCAACGAUUGGUCCAGCCCCAAGAGAAGUCCUCUUCAGGUUUCGCACUCCCGGAAGUACAGACGUCCUCCGGUUGAAAGGAUAGCUGUGAAGGCUCGGUCGGGCGAAAGGACGGCUUCCGGUGGCGCAUCUGCAGCUCCAGCCGCACCUCCCAGCGACUGGAAGAACAUUGAUGACCACCACGUGAUCCAGGCCAUCAUCCGUGCCUAUCAAUCGCGCGGUCACUUGGCCGCCGAUCUGGAUCCCUUGGGUAUUGUUGGUCCGAAGAAGCGUACGUCGGUGGAUGGCACCCAGCGACAUGCCGCCAGGGAGGUGCUCCGCCAGCACUUCUCCUAUAUAUUUAAUGACCUCAAUACCGUGUUCAAGUUGCCCUCAUCCACAAUGAUAGGCGGUGAUCAGGAAUUUCUGUCACUAAAAGAGAUCCUGGAUCGCUUGGAGCGCAUCUAUUGCGGCCACAUUGGAGUGGAGUACAUGCAGAUCACGUCGUUGACAAAGACCAACUGGCUUCGCGACCGUUUCGAGAAGCCUGGAGGCCUGGACUUGACCAAGGAGGAAAAGAAGCUCAUCCUAGAGCGUCUCACUCGCUCGACGGGAUUCGAAAACUUCCUGGCGAAAAAGUUCUCGUCGGAGAAGCGUUUCGGACUGGAGGGAUGCGACAUUAUGAUACCCGCUAUAAAGGAGGUGGUUGACCGGGCCACGGACCAUGGCGUGGAGUCAAUUUUAAUAGGAAUGGCGCAUCGAGGGCGCCUCAAUGUCCUCGCCAACAUCUGUCGCAAGCCCAUUUCGGACAUCCUGUCUCAGUUCCACGGCUUGCAGGCCACCGAUUCCGGAUCUGGCGACGUUAAGUACCAUCUGGGCGUGUUUCAAGAGCGGCUCAACCGACAGACAAACCGCAUGGUGCGCAUCACCGUGGUGGCGAAUCCCUCUCACUUGGAGCACGUCAACCCGGUGCUCCUGGGUAAGGCCCGAGCGGAGAUGUUCCAACGGGGCGACACAUGUGGCAGCACGGUGAUGCCCAUCAUUAUCCACGGAGAUGCCUCCUUUUCCGGUCAGGGCGUGGUCUACGAAUCAAUGCAUCUGUCCGACUUGCCCAACUACACCACCUACGGCACCAUUCACAUUGUGUCCAACAACCAGGUGGGCUUCACGACAGAUCCGCGUUUCUCCCGCUCCUCGCGCUACUGCACGGACGUUGCCAAGGUGGUGAAUGCUCCGAUACUGCACGUGAAUGCGGACGAUCCGGAGGCGUGCAUCCAGUGCGCUCGCAUUGCCAUCGACUAUCGGACACGAUUCAAGAAGGAUGUGGUCAUCGACAUAGUUGGCUACCGACGCAACGGGCACAAUGAGGCGGAUGAACCCAUGUUCACCCAGCCGCUGAUGUACCAGCGCAUAAAAAAACUGAAGCCAUGCCUCCAGCUCUACGCCGAUAAGUUGAUCAAGGAGGGAGUCGUCACGGAUAGCGAGUUCAAGGCAAUGGUGUCAAGCUACGAAAAGAUCUGCGAGGACGCUUGGGCCAAGUCCAAGACCAUCAAGACCAUAAAGUAUUCCUCUUGGAUCGACUCUCCCUGGCCAGGAUUCUUCGAGGGUCGCGAUCGCCUGAAACUGUGCCCCACUGGCAUCAGCACGGACACCCUGAAGACGAUUGGCAACAUGUUCUCGACUCCUCCGCCGCCGGAGCACAAGUUCGAGACACACAAGGGCAUCCUUCGCAUACUGGCCCAGCGCACGCAGAUGGUGCAGGACAAAGUGGCUGACUGGUCGCUGGGCGAGGCCUUCGCCUUCGGCUCGCUCCUUAAGGAGGGCAUCCACGUUCGACUAUCCGGCCAAGAUGUGGAGCGCGGCACCUUUUCGCACCGGCACCACGUCCUGCACCACCAGUCGGAGGACAAGGUGGUGUACAACUCACUGGACCACCUCUAUCCCGACCAGGCGCCCUACUCCGUCUCCAACAGCUCCCUGUCGGAGUGUGCGGUCCUUGGCUUCGAGCACGGCUACUCCAUGGCCAGUCCCAAUGCUCUGGUCAUGUGGGAAGGCCAGUUUGGGGACUUCUGCAACACGGCGCAGUGCAUCAUCGACACGUUCAUAGCCAGCGGCGAAACCAAGUGGGUGCGCCAGUCCGGAGUCGUCAUGUUGCUGCCACACAGCAUGGAGGGCAUGGGCCCGGAGCACUCUUCCGGCCGCAUUGAGCGCUUCCUGCAGAUGAGCGACGACGAUCCGGACGUCUAUCCGGAUACCUGCGACGCUGACUUUGUGGCUCGCCAGCUAAUGAAUGUCAACUGGAUUGUGACGAAUCUCUCCACGCCCGCAAAUCUGUUCCACUGCCUGCGCCGCCAGGUGAAGAUGGGCUUCCGGAAGCCGCUGAUUAACUUCUCGCCCAAGUCACUGCUCCGCCAUCCGCUGGCGCGAAGUCCCUUCAAGGACUUCAACGAGUGCAGUUGCUUCCAGCGCAUCAUUCCCGACAAAGGACCCGCCGGCAAGCAGCCCGACUGCGUCCAGAAGCUGGUCUUCUGCUCGGGAAAGGUCUACUACGAUCUCGUCAAGGAGCGCGACGAUCACGAGCAGGUGGAGACGGUGGCCCUGGUGAGGGUGGAACAGGUGAGACGCCUCCCAACGCGACACCUCUUCUUGUUCAUGAUAACCAUGAUUGGGCGCAUCCUCCAGCUCUGUCCCUUCCCCUACGACCUGAUCAGCCAGCAGCUGGAGCUGUAUCCCAAGGCGGAGCUGCUGUGGGCCCAGGAGGAGCACAAGAACAUGGGCGCCUGGUCUUACGUGCAGCCGCGUUUCGACACGGCGCUCCUCAAGAACGAAAACGAAUCGCGCUGCGUGUCCUAUCACGGACGACCGCCCAGCGCCUCGCCAGCGACGGGCAACAAGGUGCAGCACUACAACGAGUACAAGGCCCUGAUCACAAGCAUCUUCGGAGAGCUGACGCCGGAGAACAAGAAGCGAAUCGAGGAUCGGAUCAAGAAGCAGCAGGCAAAGGCCAAGGCGGAUGCGCAAUCGAAACCCAGUACUAAGCCACCAGCCGCUCCACCAAAGGGCGGUUCGUCGCCGCCACCAGGUAAGGGCGAAUCUGGAGGAAAAAAGAGAUCCGAUUCGUCUCCAUCUGCGUCUAUAGCUCCUACAGGUCCAGCACCCCGUAAGCCACUGAUCAGUCUGCCAAGUAGACCUCCAAGGGGUGGAAAGCAGCGGUCCGGCUCGGCUCCAGCUCCUAAUCUGGUUGAUGAAGAUUCAGCUGCUCGAAAUAGGGAACCAGAUGCUUCUGCAUAUGAUGGCGCAUCACCGUCAGCUUGGAAGAGAUCGGGCUCUGCUCCAGCACCGAGUGUAGUUCCCAGGGCAUCGGCCUCCCGCAGUCCGUCUAGAAAGUCACCUUCACCCUCUCACGACGGCAUAUCUCCUUCUACAAGACAAGAAUCCUUAAGCAAAAAGAAAUCAGGGUCGGCUCCAGCUCCGACGCCAACUUCUCGUGGACCAUUCCGGACUGCGCCCUCCAAUACAGAAUUCAUAAAGCGCAGACCUGCUAAAGAUUACGGCAGUAGAAAUGAAACCCAAAGCACUCCCGGGGAGUCGGAACUGGACCCAACAAAACCACAGCCCUAGUUUGAAUCCUCCUUUGUAAGUCCACCAAUAAAGAUAGGUAAUAGUUACAGAAAG